AUGGCUAACUUCCCAUUGAUCGACAUGGAGAACUUGAAUGGUGGAGAGAGAGGUGCUACAAUGGAGUUGAUCAAAGAUGCUUGUGAAAACUGGGGAUUUUUUGAGGAUUUUGCUGGUAAGCUAGAGAAAUUAGCAGAAGAGCUUUUGGAUUUGCUGUGUGAGAAUCUUGGAUUAGAGAAAGGUUAUCUAAAGAAAGCGUUUCAUGGAUCAAAAGGUCCAAAUUUUGGAACGAAAGUAAGUAAUUAUCCUCCAUGCCCGACGCCGGACUUAAUCAAGGGUCUCCGAGCACACACCGACGCCGGCGGCAUCAUUUUACUCUUCCAAGAUGAUAAAGUCAGCGGUCUUCAGCUUCUCAAAGACGGUGAAUGGAUCGAUGUUCCACCCAUGCGUCACUCCAUCGUCAUCAACCUCGGUGACCAAAUUGAGGUGAUUACUAAUGGAAAGUAUAAGAGUGUGAUGCAUAGAGUUAUUGCUCAAACAGAUGGAACAAGAAUGUCGAUAGCGUCUUUUUAUAAUCCGGGGAAUGAUGCUGUGAUAUUUCCGGCACCGGCGUUGUUGGAAGAGACAGCAGAGAAAGAACAAUCGUACCCAAAGUUUGUGUUUGAUGAUUACAUGAAACUGUAUGCAGGAUUGAAGUUUCAGGCGAAAGAGCCGAGGUUUGAAGCCAUGAAAGCAGUUGAAGCUAAUGUGAGUUUGGGUCCUGUUGCAACAGCUUAG